AUGACAGCUCCAAAAUUAUUUUAUCCUUCAACAGAUCGUAUUAAGUUCCAUAACUUAGUAGAUCAAGAGAUCACCCUUAACGUUAAAUUAAAAACACAUGAGGAUAUUGAUAACGCAGUUGAUAAAUUUACCUCAAUCACUCAAUCAGCUGCAUGGGCAUCCCAACCUAAGUCUACGCCAACUUUCAAUAACUUUCCAUUAUUACCGAUACAUAUACGUUCAUUAAUUACGGAUAAAAGGAGAGCUAGGGACAUCCAGAAAUAUAUUGACGAAGCUGAGAACGGAGUAAUUUAUUUCUGCAUGGGCAGUUUAUUACAGGGCAAAUCCCUUGCGGCCGAAAAAAGACAAAUGUUCUUAAAUGUCUUCGAUAAAAUUCCUCAACGAAUUCUGUGGAAAUGGGAAGGAGAAUUACCCGGAAAACCAUCCAAUGUAAUGAUUCACAAAUGGAUGCCCCAACGAGAUAUUUUAGCUCAUCCUAAUGUUAAGCUAUUUAUAUCUCAUGGGGGCCUAUUGGGAACUACCGAAGCUGUGUAUGAGGGCGUUCCAAUUUUAUCAAUGCCACUUUUUGGGGAUCAAAUAACAAACAUCAAAUCUGUUGUAAGCAAAGGAGCUGCAGAGAUGAUGAAUUACGGAGAUUUGAAUGAAGAAGAAAUUCUUAUAAAAAUAACAUCUAUGCUUACAAAUCCUAUAUACAAACAAAAGGCUAAAGAGUUAUCAGAAGCAUUUCGUGAUCGACCCAUGUCUCCUUUGGAAACUGCAGUGUAUUGGACAGAAUAUAAACGUAGGGACCCAUAUUGGAUUUUGGAUGUCUGA